CACGGUAGGUCCUCUCUGUGCUCUGUUGUGCACCCCAUCCCCUGCUACCUCGGCAACAGCAGGACCUCACACAGAACUGCUUGGCAUGGGAAGGAGAGGGAAGACCACCGGCCCUGGGGAGCAGUCCUGAUCAAGCUUCUCCAGCUCCACUGUGUCACCUACUCUGCCAGUGGACAGUGGUCUCUUAGCAGAAGUCCUGCAAGAAGUCUUCACACAAAUUGUGUCCUCCUCAAUUUACUAAAGAAAGGCCAUGGCUGCUUUUGAUCCGACGAAACAGAACAUGGAGCAUAUACAGCCUAAGAUAGACUACGUUAUCCCACUAAUGAAGCUGCGGGAUGACAUGUUUGUCUCUGUUGAUGGUAAGUGGAUGAAUGAGAUCUACUGCCAGCCACCCUUUGUUUCCCAUCAGAAACUCUUUAGCAAGAAGGCUCAGAAUGAGUGGAGCAUCUUGGAGGAGAACAGAGUGCUCUGGGAGGAAAACCAUAUCCUCUGGAUUGAGAAUAGAAUGCUCCGGGAAGAAAUCAGAGCUCUACAAUAUCUCCAGUCACAGAAUAAAGCUGUUCAGGUUGUUGAUGCCAUUCAGCAAAGCCUCCGGAAAGAAAAUAAGCCAUUCCCAUUCUUCCAAGAGAUGAGUAUAGGCUUCCAGACCAGUUCAGGCAACAAAGCUCUCAAGGAAGCCCAGGAAGAUCACAGAGUCUUAGAGAAUAUCCAACAGGAGCAUAAAACAGUCCCCAUCAUCUGGGAAGACAAAAAAGCCACCAUAGUCCGUGAAGAGAACAAAGAUGCCAGCUUGGAUCUCCAGAAGGACACUAACACCAUCACAGAUGUGGAAGAAAGCAACUCUGGCCCAAUGCCCCAGAGGGAACAUGGAGCUAAAAAGAAGAACACCUCUACAAGCCAGAAUAAGAUUCAGUGUGCCCCAAGCAUGCAGAAAGAUAGUGAAAUCCUUCAGACUAUCCAGGACUUACACAAACUCCUCCACAUCUAUGCAAAAGAGAACUAUCUCCUUGAGAAGAAUGAGGAUUGCCACAUCCUCUACCAUGUGCACAGAUCCUUCCAAAAAGAAUACAAUAAAUUGAAGAUGCAGCUGAAUGCUGUGAAAAACACUGUGUCAGGCAUUACAGCUCAAAUGGAAAUGUUGGAAACAGAACUCAUUGCCAUCACUUCCCCAAUGAAGGACAAAGUUGGCAACUAAGCAUCAGCUUGGAGAGAAGUGGAGCUUAGUCCUAAGACUUGCUAGUUCAAUCUCCUUGAAAGCUUCUCUCCUUGUUUCAGGAAAUUUAAUAAAACUCCAGUAGAACCUGAAGACAUCUGGGGAAAAUUGUGUUAUUCUGAAACUUCCUCACAUUACUUAGAUGUAUUUCACCUUCUGAUUAUACAGUGUGGGUGACUGUCAUUGUCACAGAAUCAUAGAAUGUCCUGAGUUGGAAGGGACCCACAAGGGUUACCAAGUAUAACUCCUUUCCCUACACAGGACAAACCCAACAUGCAUACCAUGUGUCUGAUGGCAUUCUCCAAAUGCUUCUUGAAUAUUGUCAGGUUUGGUGCCAUGACUACUUCCCUUGGGAGCCUGUUCCAGUGCUCUACCACCCUCUGAGUGAAGAACCUUUUCUUACUACCCAACCUGAACCUCCCCUCACACAUAUUUCUGCCAUUUCCUUGGGUUCUAUCAUUGGUUGCCAGAGAAAAGAGAUCAGCACCUGCUCCUCCUUUUUCCCUCGUGAGGAAGCAGUAAACUGUGAUGAGGUCUCCCCUCAGUCUCUUCUUCUCCACGUCAAACAGAGCAAAUGACCUUAGCGGGUUCUCAUACAGCUUCCCCUGCAAGCCCUUCACCAACUUUGUGGUCUUCCCCUCGACACUCCCCAGCAGCAUUAUGUGCUUUUUAUACUGAGGUGCCCCAAACUGCACACAGUACUCAAGGUGCGGCUGCACUAGUGCAGAGCAGAGUGGGACAGUAAUUUGCCUAGUGUCAGGAAAUCAUGUUUUUCAGCAUUUUUUUUUUCAAGUUUCUGAAAAUAAGGCCUAGAUUUUUUCAAAAGACAAUUCAUACUUUUUAUACUUAAUUUGAAGUAUCCUAUUUUGGCUAUACUUUUCAGAGGGAUGAGUCCUUCCUGAAAAUGAGGAUAUGAACUGUGAGCUGAAUUUGAAUCCCUGGUGGUCCCUUUCUAUCUUAUGGCUGGCCAAGUCCAAUGGCUGAACUGUGUCUCCUGCCAUUCACCA